CUUUCGCAUGCAAUUGACGUGUUUGUCUGGUUUCUAACAGAAUUUCGGACACAUCGGCCUUGGUUGGACAAGCUGAAUGUCCUGGACGCGUCUGUGGAUGCAAAUACUUGCGAAAUAUGGUCAGAGGAGCAACAGAUUUCUUGUACAUAAACAGAUCCUACUCUUGUUGUAAUCCUACUCUCAACAAGAUCCUACUUUUACUUUUUUGCCUGGGAGGCUAAGGUGUAUGUUAAGGAGACGAGUUUCGACACGCAAGUACUUGAACUCAAGCAACCAGAGCAAUGUAUUUUUCUAAUUCUUACACUCCUACCAAAUACGCCAAAAUUCUGAACGUUGAUUGGUCGACAAACUUUCACCGAUCUGCUAUUGGCGGAACGAUUGGAAACUUUCUCUGAUUGGUUGGUUGCAUUGCUGUUCAAAAAGGUAAACAAACAACAAUAAGGUGAACGAGUGGUUUGUUCGAAAAGCCGGCUGUAUUUUUUGAAAGGAAAGUGAAAUUUGGACAGUUUUGGCUGAAAUGCCGUGAUUUUCAUCGCAUGUGCGGCGGCUCUUUAUCGAUCUCCGAGGGGGCGCCCGAAUCGCAUGGUGUGUCUCGGCAGUCGUCAGUGCCGUUCAACUCCGCCGAGAGCAACAUGCCCACGAGUUAACCAGUUAUGGAAAGUGAAUCAGAGGAAAAAGCAGUUAUCACUGAUUGUGAGCAGCUCGAAAUGACCCGGGUGGGCGAGAGGAUGAUCAGCAUGAGCUCCACCCUCGUCGAAACAGUCUCCAUCAACUACGAAGACUUCAACGAGAGCUUCCUUACCUGUAGCACAUGCCUCUGUAUGUAUGACGGGGGAGCGCACACGCCGAAACUGCUGCCCUGCUCGCACACGGUUUGCCUUGAAUGCCUUUCGCAUAUUGCCAGCUCGCAGACUCGAGACACGGGCUCGUUCCGCUGCCCCAUUUGCCGCGAGCUCAUCACCAUCCCCCGCGGGGGCGUCGCCGCCCUGCCUCCCUCCUUCCUGGUCAACCAGCUGCUUGACCUCAUGUCCAGGCAGCGUCGAGAGGUCAUCCCCAAGUGCUCCGUUCACAUUAAUCAGGAGUUGCUGUUCUGCGAGACAUGCGACACCGUGUUUUGCUCCUUGUGCACCGGAGGCAGCCACAGCACUGGCGGAUCGAGUUGCGAACACACUAUCAUUCCCUUCUCCAUUGCUAUUAAGCGAAUGUCUGAGAUCUUGCUCUACAAGGCCAACGACUGCAUCUCGAAGUUGGGACAGGCUCACGAUGCAGUUUCGGACGAGCUGAAGCGUCUGGACGAUGCGACCGAGGCUUGCCUGUCGCACCUGUCGCGCACCUUUGAGGAAAUCACCGCCCUGGCCGAGAAGCGGCGCCUGGCCCUUUCGAAUGCGGUGCGCGAGGCGCGCGACAAGAAGAAGGGUGUGCUGGAAGAGCAGCUGAAACUGAUCGCCGCCGAAAAGGCCAAAGUUGUGGAUGGCGAGUGCGACGGGCUGCAGUAUCAAGUUGAAGUCAGAAACAUUACCCAGAAGAUAUCUAGUCUGACAGAGAAACUCGAUAGUGUUGCCACGCUCGCUGAGCCGAGAGAAAACUCGUUUCUCACAUGCGACUUCCAAGGUGGCCAGGACGGGGCCAUCGAAGUCGUCAAAAAGGCACUUGAUAUCUUCGGAAAGGUCAGGACAAGCACCACCUUCCCGAGUUUGUGCUCGGCCGAGGUGGACACGCUGCCUGCCAACGGAGACGUGGUGGCCAAACUUAAGUGCAGCGCCACCCUGAGCACCGUCGACUAUCACGGCAACCCCAGAACUUCAGGUGGCGACCCUGUCAGCGCCGAGCUGAGGACCAAGUCUGGCCAGCUGCUCGAGACAGAAAUCCAAGAUCUGGACGACGGCACCUACAAGGUCUGGUUCAGACCGCCGUCAGCUGGCACAUACACACUGAACCUGAGCGUCUUCCAAAGACCCAUCAAAGACAAGGACAUCAAUAUUGAGGUGACUGAACACAACAGUCCCAGAGGCGAGCACGGAAGCCGAGGUUCGGGGAAAGCGGAAUUUUUGCAGCCAGUGUCCGUCACUGUGGACUCUGAAGCUGGCUUUGUCUACGUCCUGGACACCGGCAACUCCCGCAUCAAGGUUCUUUCCCUGGAUUUGGAAUUCAUUAGGCAUAUUGAGAACGAUGGUCUGAAGGGGCGUAGUUGCACAGGUAUUGCCCUCACUAGACAAGGGUUAAUUGUGGUCAACUGGCGUACAAAGAGCGUCACGGAAAUCGACCCGGCCACCGGUGACACCAUCACUUCAUUUUCCCACAAUGCUUUCCAAGAGCCUGUAGAUAUUGCUGUCAUGCCGAAGAGCGGAAAAAUCCUUGUGGCGGAUAACAGCGCCAGCUGCGUGUUUGUCUUUGAUAGUCAGGGCCGACCUUUGCUGCAGGUCGGCAAAAAGGGAAGCCAGAGGGGCCAGUUCAAUUUGAUUUCGUCAGUGGCAGCGUCGCCUAAUGAUGACAUCAUUGUGGCUGAUAGUCGUAUUCAAAUCUUCUCAACUGAAGGAGAAUUUAAGAGAGAAAUUUUUGCUGAAGGAAAAGGUCGAGGGCGGUACGGUGGUCUGACUAUGGACAGUGAGAGUCGGAUUAUCGCCACCAGGUCAGAAAAGUGUCGGCACUACAUCCAAGUGCUGAGCUCGGAAGAGGACAAGGUGCUGUCGACGAUCGACUCUCACGACUCUAAGCUCAAAAGACCAAGCGGGGUUGCCGUGAUGCCGGAACACCACAUUGUAGCCGUUGAUUUAGGAAACGACUGUGUGAAAAAGUACCAGUACUGGUAGAGCUGCCAGUCAGGAUAAUUUGCCAUUUUGACUUAAGAUUAAUUAAUUUUGAAAAAAGAAAAACGCCUGCUGGAUAUAUUAGAGAAUUUUUCACCCCCCAACAUGUAAAAAAAUUAAGAAGUGUGUUAGAGGUUUUUUCCAAAACAAUGCGAGAGUGGACUGACAAUUGGAAGGGAAUUGAAAGGAGGAUUUUAUGACUAUGAUUUCGUUCGUAAUGUCAUAUCAGCUGUGCUAGUCUCUUGUGUACAUACAUCUAACGUAGUAGUCACUGAUCUCUUUAUUUAAUGCAGUUUAACUUAUCUCUAACUCUUUGUUAUGCCAAAGCAAAAUUUGCUAUUAUCUCCUUUUGUAUUCGUAAGCAUUUGUAAUGUGUGUAAAUAAAUGUUUACAACAUCUGAAAAAA